GAGGUCAAGGUCCGGUUCGUACUUGGCGGGCUCCCGGUUCAUGUGGCCGCAGCGUCCACGUCAGCAGAGAGAGAUCAGCACCCUGGACAGCGGACAGGGGACAGGGGACAGCGGCUGGUCAAUAACAGAGCAGCUCUAGAGCUGCUGGGCGCACUGGGAGAGAGAGAGAGAGAGAGAGAGAGAGAGAGGCGCAUCACCACCAUCACCCAUCAGAGGCGGAUGGAUGGACCACAGGAAAAAACACCGACUUGUUUACAGGAUGGAAGGUUUUUCUUCUUCUUCUUCUUCUUCUCCUCAUUCCGGAAGUAGCUGCUGCGUUGGUUCAAUCUCCAAGCCGACCAUUUCGAGGAGGAAAAAUCAGCGCCAGCAGCAGUAUCAUCAGCACCACCAUCUAUCUGAUCCAAUAAUCAAUGCCAUUACUGCUGCGUAAUUGCUCUCGGAUGCGAAGACAUCUCCACGCGUCUUUCUCUCUGAUUAUAGAAAUCUCAGAGUGCCUUUUAUUAUUAUUAUUAUUCUCUUUCUCUCUGACCGUGUUUUUUUUUACUGGGGGGGUGCGAUGAAAUGCUGAUGGACAUCGAGGCGAGGAUGGGAAACAUUGGGGCUUUAUGUGCCUCCAGCUUUCUGAGGAAAUGAGAAGGAUUGUGUUUUUUUUUAUCUCGACGUGGAUUGUCUGGGUGAAUGGCUCGGAUUGUUCGUGGAGGCUUCACAACAAGGAGAUGAAAUAGAGAAAGAGAGAGAGAGAGAGAGAGAGACAGAGAGAGAGAGAGAGAGAGAGAGAGGGGGGAGAAAAAAAUGGACCAUGAUCUGACGCUUGGGAUGCUACAGUGAGAGGGACAAUAAAAAAAAAAGAUCUUUUUUUUGUUGUUGUUGGAUUAUGAUUCUCGACAAGAGUCCCAGAUGUGACUGUAUGGAUGGCAGGUCGUUGUAUUUCACAUCCCAUCUCCUGUUUCCUGGCUCUGUGCUGCUGCUGCUGCUGCUGCUCUCUCUUCUUCCACUCGUCCACUCUUCUCUCGCGGUCUUCUGCUUUGGGUAGCAGCAAAACAUGUAGGCUGAUCUCUGCUGCUGCUGCUGCUGCUGCUGCUGCAAGCACACUGAAACAACAAGCUGUCUUUUUGGAGGAAAAUGGACCAGAACCAGUCCAAGUUGUAGUGUUUUUCCUGUGUGUGUGUGUGUGUGUGUGUGUGUGUGUGUGGGGUGCGGUGGAGGAUGCAUCUAUCUAUAAGGCAGCAGCGAGUUGUUUUGAGUAAUGAAUAUUGAAAGAGUGUGUCGGCCAGCUGAAAGGGAAAAUCUUUCAUCCGCAUUGGCUUAGACACACACAUGCCAUCAGUGAGGCUGAGAGCCUUUAUUCCUCUGGAUCCUGGUUAUUAAUGAACAAUAAGAAUGAACACACUGGGUAUAUGACGAAAAAUAAUAACAAUAAUAAUAAUAAUAAUAAUAAUAAUAAAGGAAGAAGGGGAGACACUUUCUUUUAUUCCCAUCUGGUGGAUUCUUUAUGUAGCCAAACAUGUUCAAGUAUCGGAUCCGCAUGUUUUUUAAUGAACUGAAAGUCCUGGUGUUUAUGCGAUCCGAUUCGAGACAGUCCGGCUCAGACACAGAUAGACCGAGGUCCACCACCAACAACAACACCACCACCACCACCACCAGCAGCACCAUGCGAGGUCUGGGGAUGGGCGGCUGCGGCUGGCCGCCGUUCGACUGCCAUUCCCGGGAUGACGAGGAGGAGUACUACGGCAGCGACCCGCGGCCCCGGAGCCUGGCCUUUGAGGACAAGGAGCCCAAGCUGACAGUGGGCCUGGACGCCGUGUCCCUGGCCAGCACCAACAGCAGCCUAAGGAGCCCCCAGUGCCGGAUCUGCUUCCAGGGCCUAGAGCAGGGUGAGCUGUUGAGCCCCUGCCGCUGUGACGGCUCAGUGCGCUGCACCCAUCAGCCCUGCCUCAUCCGCUGGAUCAGCGAGAGGGGGUCAUGGAGCUGUGAGCUCUGCUACUUCAAGUACCAGGUCCUCGCCAUCAGCACCAAGAACCCUCUGCAGUGGCAGGCCAUCUCUCUGACGGUGAUAGAGAAGGUGCAGAUAGCGGCCAUCAUCCUGGGUUCCCUGUUCCUCAUCGCCAGCAUCUCCUGGCUCAUCUGGUCCUCCCUCAGCCCCUCGGCCAAGUGGCAACGCCAGGACCUGCUCUUCCAAAUCUGCUACGGCAUGUACGGCUUCAUGGACAUCGUCUGCAUAGGCCUCAUCAUCCACGAGGGAUCAUCCGUGUAUCGAAUCUUCAAACGAUGGCAGGCUGUCAAUCAGCAGUGGAAAGUACUGAACUAUGAGAAAUCAAAGGACUUGGGCGACCCGCUGAGUUCGAGCAGCAAGACGGGGAAUCGCGGCUCCCGCGGUAACCCUCACGGUCUGGCCAGCAGCAGCGGCGGGCGACAGAGCAGGAGGUUAAGAACUAUUCUGAACCACCACUGUGGAUACACCAUCUUGCACAUCCUGAGCCAACUGCGGCCCCACGACCCUCGGAUCAGCGCAACCACCAACCGGGAGGUGGUGAUGAGGGUCACCACUGUAUGAGUCGGGCCAGACAUGUGCGAGGAUGGGAUAGACCUCGUCUUUGUGUCCAGAUGUAUAUGAGAGGACGGACUCGUGGACCUAUUAUUAAAUACUACAGACUUGUGUAGUCGACAGGAGCCCAGAGAGGAGCCGAGUGAUGCCACAUCAACAGACACUUGAGGAUUUCUCCUCUUGUUUUGUACAACAAAAGGAAGCCAGAUGCUCCCUUUCAAUAAUUACAGAACUGAUGAAAAUAAGGAUGCAUUAAAAGACAUCAAAUGAUGGAGCGGAAAAAAAAGUGUAAACAGGCUUUAUAACCUAAUCCAAGAUGAUGAGACGUUUUUUCCAGUCCAAUAUCAGGAUGCACAGACAUUUUUCUUUGGUUUGAUCCUCUCGGUUUGAUUUGUAUCUUUAUUCUUUUUUUGUUUGUUUUUUACUCACUUUGAUUUUGUACGGAUGUCUGAUUUUAGAGGAAAUCAUGUAACUCCAUACAUGCCAAGCAUUUUCAGACAAAUAUGUAUAAUGAGAUGCUGGUAAAAAGACCGAAAACUGAAACAAACAAACAAACAAACAUGAGGGGGAACACAGAGGUGACAACGGAACAAUUAGUCAUUACAAGUUAAAAAAAAAAAAAAGGAAAAGGAAAAAAAGAAUAAAAAAAGAAAUCAGUACGAUUUCAGUAACACUUAACCUUUCUGCAAUAAAGAUACGUAUGUACAUUUCACAGGGAAUUUUGCAUGGGUAUAUAAUUUUAUUCUUCAUCACAUAACAUAAGCACAUGACAAAUUUGCUCUAUUUCGAAUGGUGCUUGCCAAAAUAAACACUUUAGAGACAUCUGAUUUCAUUGCACCAACUUUUUGUCAACAUGACAAAUGGCAGUGUGUUACAGCUAUUUCAGCUAAAAUACAGAUUGUUGCUGCUGUGUGCUGAUUCAGAUUUGGUAAUAAGUAAACUAUUGGAUUAAAAAUGGGGAUCAGAUGAUCUCUUACUA